AUGUCAUAACACUCAAUGAAAGUUUAUGUAAAAAAUCUCAGAAUUUAUAAUAUUUUAACAAUGUUUAGUGAUAAAAGAGUUGCAGCAGUGUGAUUGUAGUUUUUGUGCAAGUCGGGCCUGUGUUUAUUAUCUACAAUAUGGAAGACAAAUACAUACUAACGUUAGAUAUUGGUACAACAACUAUUCGCUCAGUUAUAUAUAAUUCAAGAACUGAAAUAGUAGGCAAAGCGGUUGACCAGGUUGUACUUCACUAUCCCAUACCAGGCUAUGUGGAAAUUGACCCAGAUGAACUAUGGAAGUCAAUUGUGGGUGUUGUGGACACUGCAUUACAAAAUGCAAAACUGUCGGCGGGUCAGAUCACAGCCAUGGGAAUAUCAACACAGCGGAGCACAUUUAUAACAUGGUCUCGUCAAACUGGGAAACCCUUCCAUAGGUUUAUCACAUGGAAAGAUUUAAGGGCUGAUGAAUUAGUGAAACAGUGGAAUGAUUCUUAUAUUUGGAGGCUCAUCAAAGUUGGCUCAUAUGUGCUGUACGUGCUAUCAAGGAGCAAGAGAUUCAGAGCUGGAAGUGUGCUGAAAUUUACAAAUAAUCAGACUACAAUGAGACUGAACUGGGCGCUUCACAACAUUCAAGAGUUCAAGUUGGCAGUUCAAAACAAUGACGCUAUGUUCGGAACCUUGGACACGUGGCUAUUAUAUAAAAUGACGGGGAGCAAAAUCCACAUGUCAGAUGUGUCGUCAGCAUCAGCGACGGGUUUCUUCGACCCCUUCACGAUGCAAUGGGCGGGUUGGGCCAUGUCCCUGUUUGAAAUCCCGAUGGGUGCUUUGCCAAAAGUUGUCGACACAGCGGGCGAGCACUUCACCAGUACAUGCCCCGAGAUUUGGGGGCAUGCAAUACCUAUUCGAAGUUGUAUAGCAGACCAAACAGCUUCAAUGUGGGGCUCGUGUUGUUUCAACGUCGGUGAUAUAAAGCUGACAAUGGGUACGGGGACUUUCUUCAACAUCAACACUGGGAGGUCGCCUCACGCGUCUGUGUCGGGCCUCUACCCCGUAGUGGGGUGGAGGCUUGGGGAUGAAUUGGUGUUCUCGGCUGAAGGCGCGAACAAUGAUACUGCCAGUAUCAUUAAAUGGGCCCAGAAUAUAGGCUUGUUCGAUAAUCCUCAAGAUACAGCGGAGAUCGCGAUGUCCGUUCCGGAUUCUGAUGGUGUCUUCUUCAUACCUGCGUUCAGUGGUUUGGGGCCUCCUUACAACGACUUCACGGCGGCGUCGGGGUUUGUGGGCAUGAAGCCUUCGACGACGAAGGCGCACCUCGUGCGCGCCGUGCUGGAGUCGCUGGCCUUCCGCACCGCGCAGCUGUACACUUGCGUGCAGGCUGAGACCACCUACAACUUUAGCACUAUCAGAUUAGAUGGUGGUGUCUCGAACAACGAUUUCGUGGUACAGUUGAUAGCGGAUCUGACCGGGCUGAAGGUGGAGCGGCCUGUGCAGGUGGAAAUGUCUUCACUGGGCUGCGCUCAUAUCGUCGGACUUCAAUUAGGGAUAUUCAAAUCUAAGGACGAGCUAAAAUCGCUCCGCAAAGUCGGCACAGUGUUUUCGCCGCGACCGAAAGUGAAGAAAUCUUACGAAAAGAUCAUGGCGCGUUGGGAGGACGCGGUCAAAAGAAUGUGUGGGUGGUAUUUAGGGAACAAGUCCUCACAGUCACAAAACUCAGUCCACGAUUCGAGCAACUCCGUCACUCCGCAGAACAGUUUCAAAGUCACCAAGUUAAAAAGGAACAGUAGCGCCAAAUAGCGGUGGCUUUUAUACCUGCUUCUGGUUGUCGCGUGCAUUCCGAUAUGCAGAUGAUAUUUGGCCAGGCUCACUAGUUUUAAGACUUACUGUUGGUAUUUUUAUAAAUUGACGCGACUUUAGUCAAGUUUCAUGAUAUAUCACACUUGGAUGAUUGGAUUUUAUUGUAUGGAUACUGAAUAAAUUUUCUGAAUGGGCAAAAUGCCACUAAAUCAAACUUUUUUGUUAGUUUGUUUUUUACGGAAUUAAUACGUAAAUAAAAGUAUUAUGACAUGUAAAUAAGCUGACACAUUUCGGCUCGAGCAGUCGUUAACUAAUACAAUUCAACUGGAGUUGACUGCUUAGAGCAGUGACUGACUGCUUCCAGCUGUCCGUGUAUGGCGCAUUUAUAGUAGUUAGUAUAAGGCUUAGGGCCCUAGCACUCACGAUACUUUUAGCAUCGGCGAUCAGCGAUUUUGCGACUGCAUCGAUGCAACAUCGUAUUUGACGCCUUGCUGAGUUCGAUUGCUGUGUUGAAAUGGCACGUUUUAACAAUUUUUAGGGUUCCGUAAUUCAAAAAGAGAAACGGAACCCUUAUAGGAUCACUUUGUUGUUUCAAUGCUGCAUCGCGUUUGACAACUCGCUGACCUGAGUUCGAUAGCUGUAUUGAAAACCCCCGUUUUAGCAUUCGGAUGCGGCAUCGAGCUUCUGAAAAUCGACUUGAUUGAUAGCUGCGGCUGGAGAUUGUAUAUGUGGGAAGUGGAACGUUCAAACGGAGCAUCGAGCUUUCCAAAAGCAACUAAAACGCUGAUCACUGAUGUUAAAUGCAUCGUCUCUGCUAUGGCCCUUACACUUGACCGCGACUUUUUAUCGUUUCAAUAUUAUAAUAUUUCAUUCGGAGAAGAGAAUCCGGUUGAAAUCUAUAGGGCGCACUCUGACUUUGCUAAGACUUAACGAGACAGAUAUAUCUCUCACGUAAACUUGUCUCGUUUUAACUCAAUCUUGAGUCUGAGUAAAGUCAAAGUGCGCUCUAUAAAUCUCAGCCUCAUUCUCUGUUCGUGAACCGGGCGAUGAGUGUAUAUGAUUAUGAUGAUAAAUAUGACUUACUUAAUGCCUAUGCGUUUAUUUUCUUCUGUAUCACAAUAUUUUAUCAAGGAUAAGUCUAGGAUGAUCUAAUUUUAGGGGUUGUGGAUUUGAUACCUAAAUAUAAGCCGCAAUUGAGCAAGUAGUAUUAAAUCAGGAUAAACUUUAAGAAGACAUUAGUGUUUAAGUAGAAAUAAGUUCUGAAUUAUGAACAUUGGACUAAUUCUGGGUAAUAAAUAAUAAAUGUUAUUAAUAAGUUAGUAGAAAAUAGACGGUUGCUUGUUUUUAUUAGACCUACAUCUUAAAUGUAAUUGAGGAGCUGACGAGCAAAACGGCGUAAUUACAU